ACAGGGCGGAUCAGGCCUGACAAACAGGCUGUGAGUGUGUGAGUUCUGCGUCAAAUCCAAACCGGGAGCAGAAAAUUACCGCUUUGUGCUGUGGCAGCCAGUGUUGUGCUGCGUUUUGGAUAAGAUGACCCUCGUCUCUCCUGUGGGGAGGAUUCUCAACGACACAGUGGACUCCAGCGAGGAGAACCACAAGGUGCCUCCGCCAAUUCAACUUCCUCGUCUCCAGUCUCAGUCACCAGCCUCUCCUCCGUCAGAUGGGGCCUACUUGCAAGCGGCGGCCAUCUUCCGCCGGCUGCGUGCAGAGAAGCCGGUGGCGCGGCAGCUCCUGCAGUACGGGAGGAGGACGGGCACGCCGCCCCCGGAGAGCGGAUUCAAGCCCCCCCGGAGGCGGGCGUACCAGCUCGCCUUCGAUACACUCAAAUACCAAGAUCUACUGGAGGAGAUGAUUGCUGACAGCUGCUUCCACACCUCCCAGAACAUUCGCGCCGACUCGUUGCCGUUGGCGAUGGUGAUGCUGUUUGACUACCAGGACCGACGUUUUGUGACCCGGAAGCGUUCAGCGACGGAAGGGGAGGAGCCCUCGCAGGAAGUCAGGGACAUGGAGGGCAGUCUGCAGAGGAGUAAAACCAAGCUGGCAGCCGCUCUCGCUCGCUUCAGAGUGAAGCAGAACCUGCAGAGCGUCUCCUGUUUCCUCUCUGAUCUUGUCAGGACCAAACAGCACCGAGCAAAGCGCCUGCCAGUGUACGCGUGGGUCAACACCCUCCAGACCAGUGUGGAGGACACGUGUGCAGCCCUGCAGGGGGCAGGGCUGCGUGAAGUGGAGCUCCUGGCGGACCUCACCGAGGAGACGUUCUGCAGAGACCCUCUCUGUCCGGACACACUGGUCCUCCCGCGGCAGCUCCUCAGCGGCCUCGCAGGCGCCCAAGCACUCCGCCCACUCCACCCACAGGUACUGCACGAGCACGACAGGAGCCUGUGCGUGGCGGUGAGCGCGUUACGCCCCCUGCUGUUCGACAAAGGCGACGUCCUGGUGGCGGGGUCCUUCUCGGCUGUGACCGCGGCCCACGUGGCCGUGGCGGCGGCGGCCCGCUGCGGCCGGGCGCUGGUGUGCGGCGCCGACCACACGGCCGCGCAGUUGGAGGAGAUGGGGGAGCUGCUCGCGCGGAUGGACGUCAAAAACGUGCGCGUCCUGUCAGAAGGCUUCUGCGGCCUCGGCGAGGGCGACGCCGCCGUCCAGCGCGUAAAGGUCAUCAUCGUGCUGCCCCGGUGCACGUCCUCUGCGCUCAAUGACCCCGUGCCGACCAUCCACAGCGAACACGGAGAGUGGGACCUGCUGCCAGACUUGUGUCACGGUGCCGUGUGCCGCAGCAAAAUACACAAAAUGGCCAACCAGCAGGCCAGACUACUGGCACGCGCUCUCUCCUUCCCAAAGGUCCAGACAGUGGUCUACUGCACACGCUCAGUGUAUCCUGAGGAAAAUGAACAGCUGGUAAAAAGAGUGUUGGAAAAGACACACACUCAACCCAAACUGCUGCCCUUCAGGUUGAACGGCCCGAUUUUCCCCGACGACUCUCAGUCAGGUGAUACGACGGACUCCAAGUUCCUCCGGCUCGAAGCGUCCCAGUUCACCAACGGCUGCUUUGUCGCACGGCUGUCUCGACAGGCAGAUCCAACCAAGGUAGAGACCAUCCACGAGGUGCUGGCAAGGGCAGCAGCAAAGGGCCUCCUGGGUGGAAUCCUGCCUGAACAGUCAAAAAGCGGUAAAAAGGGAAGGAGGAGGAAGAAUGGCAUGGGGUCAGCCGGCAGCAAACCCUCAUCCCCCUCGAGCCAAGAAAGGCAGGCGGGAAGCGAUGCUGUGAAUGGAGAAGAUCCGGACGCCGCUUCAGAGCACGAUGGAAAGAGAGGUGAAUGUGGCGAGGAGGGCAAGGAGGAAGACCGCGGUGGAAAAGGUGGGAAGAAGAAGAGAGCGUUGAAAGGAACCAAGCUAAAGGCCAAGGGGCAAACCAACAGGACACACGAAGCCUCAAAGCAAAACCUCAAGAGCCGCACAAAGAAAUCGACAAAAUCCAAGGCCAACCAGUCACAUCUCAAGAGGCAGAGACCCAGGAGAAUACCUCGUCUCACACUGACGUUAAUGUCCUCCUCAAAGGCCUCCAACCACUUGUAUCCAAUCGCGGCCCUGGCGCACAAGCUAAGUAGCGGUCCAACGCUCGAAUCCCAGCAGGCUGACUUUAGCGGCCCGUCUCCGGGCCGUCCCAAACCGCCCCCGGCCUCCAAGCAGGAGGGACCGAAGGCCAAAGGAAAGGUGGCCAGGCUGAGGGAAGAGAUCGUGCUGAAGCCCCCAGAUUCUGUCCUGCCACCCAUUUCCUCCCCGUCCCCCGGCACGGUGAGCGGCAGCUCUCUGUGUCUCCGUCUGUCCCGGACCUCUCUGUCUCAGCCCGGCCACGCCUCUGCAUCGUCCUCCUCGCUCGACCUGCCUGGAUUAUACAGAUAGAUUCUAGAUGCUGUUAUGCAUUAUAUCAGUGGUUCUCAACUUGUCUGGCUCCGGGACCCACCUUUACCCCUUAAUGACAACCCAAUUUGAUCGGUCGAUGGAAACAUCUCGUCUUUUUAUUUUAUUUUUAUUUUCCCAUGCAAAGGCCCGAGACCCAGCAGUUGAGAAACACUGCAUUAAAUAACCUGCACGUUCUGACACUA